UCACAUGACUUGGCAGUCUGCUCUCACUGAGCAUGCUCCAACCUCUUCAGUGUUGUCAGGCAAAAUAUACUAGACGGCAGUCGGCGCGGUGAAAGCCGUAGUUGACAAACAUAUUGGCUAAAAUCGAGGAGUUAUUUUUGAUGAGCUUACUGUCGUCUGUGCUUGCAGGCACCAGGCGGGAAGAAGGUGAGGCGAGGAAAGCAUCCUUGGGUCUCCAUCCUCUGUGAAGGUGCGAUGGUUGGCACAAGGCUUAUACCUGUUUGAUUGAGCCCUGAGAACAGCCAAACUGAUGGACAUCAAAGGCCAGUGUUGGACCGAUGAGGAGUCUGACGGGGAGAACGAACCAGAGCAGUUCCUGUACGGCAUCCAGGGGAGCUGCGCCGCUGACCUCUACCGCCAUCCUCAGCUUGAUGCAGACAUUGAGGCAGUCAAAGACAUCUACACUGACAGUGCUGUCUCCGUCAGGGAGUAUGGCAUCAUUGAUGACGUCGACAUCGAUCUUCAUAUUAAUAUCGGCUUCCUUGAUGAGGAGGUUGCGACAGCUUGGAAAGUAAUCAGAACAGAGCCCAUUAUUCUGAGACUUCGCUUUUCUCUUUCUCAGUACCUCGAUGGGCCCGAGCCAUCAGUUGAUGUGUUCCAGCCAUCCAAUAAAGAAGGAUUCAGCCUGGGCUUACAACUCAAAAAGAUCCUGAGCACAUUUACAUCCCAGCAGUGGAAGCAUCUAAGCAAUGAGUUCCUCAAGGCCCAGCAGGAGAAGAGACACAGCUGGUUCAAAGCUGGUGGAACCAUCAAGAAAUUUCGUGCCGGGCUAAGCAUCUUCUCUCCAAUCCCAAAGUCUCCAAGCUUCCCCUUGAUCCAAGACACUGUCCUGAAAGGGAAGCUGAGUGUGCCUGAACUUCGUGUGACUCGCCUCAUGAAUCGAUCAAUCUCAUGCACAAUGAAGAACCCCAAAGGGGAGCUCUUCAGCUACCCACCAAACAGCCAGACCGUUGCGGUACCGGCGGCCAGGGCCCCAGCACAGAUCACCACGAGGCAGCUGAUUGAAUUGUUUUUCUCAUCCCAGGCGGGCGGACACUGCAAAAACAUUCCCACACUGGAGUAUGGCUUUUUAGUGCAGAUAAUGAAGUACUCUGAGCAGAGGAUCCCCACCCUCAACGAGUACUGUGUGGUCUGUGAUGAGCAGCACGUCUUUCAGAAUGGAUCAAUGCUUAAGCCAGCUGUCUGUACGAGGGAGUUGUGUGUGUUCUCCUUCUACACACUGGGUGUAAUGUCAGGCGCUGCAGAGGAAGUGGCCACUGGUGCAGAGGUAGUAGAUCUCCUUGUGGCAAUGUGCCGAGCUGCACUCGAGUCUCCCCGCAAGAGCAUCAUCUUUGAGCCUUACCCUUCUGUUGUAGACCCCAAUGACCCCAAGACUUUGGCAUUUAACCCAAAGAAGAAUUAUGAAAGGCUGCAAAAAGCACUGGACAGCGUCAUGUCCAUAAGGGAAAUGACCCAGGGGUCGUAUUUGGAAAUCAAGAAGCAGAUGGACAAACUGGACCCUUUGGCCCAUCCCUUGCUACAGUGGAUUAUUUCCAGUAAUAGAUCUCACAUUGUCAAGUUGCCUCUCAGUAGGCAACUGAAAUUCAUGCACACCUCCCAUCAGUUCCUGUUGCUCAGUAGCCCUCCAGCCAAGGAAGCUCGUUUCCGCACUGCCAAAAAGCUCUAUGGCAGCACCUUUGCCUUCCAUGGUUCCCAUAUAGAGAACUGGCACUCUGUUCUGAGAAAUGGACUAGUCAAUGCCUCUUAUACAAAACUGCAGCUGCACGGGGCAGCGUACGGAAAGGGCAUCUAUCUCAGCCCCAUCUCCAGCAUAUCGUUUGGAUACUCAGGAAUGGGGAAGGGACAACACCGCAUGCCCACCAAAGACGAGCUCGUGCAACGUUACAAUCGCAUGAAUACCAUACCACAGCAGAGUCGUCCAAUCCAAUCAAGAUUUCUUCAAAGUCGAAAUCUGAACUGCAUAGCACUUUGUGAAGUGAUCACAUCCAAGGAUCUGCAGAAGCACGGCAACAUUUGGGUGUGUCCUGUGUCGGACCACGUUUGUACUCGCUUCUUUUUUGUGUACGAGGACGGCCAAGUGGGAGAUGCCAACAUCAACACGCAGGAGCCUAAGGUGCAGAAGGAGAUCAUGCGUGUAAUCGGGACCUAGGUCUUAAUGUCCAGCCGAUGAGGAUUUUUUGUAAGCGAGGCCACAAUUCAUGUAAAUUAGAUCCAUGAACCGCCUUGGGCAGAGUCGCGCAAAGCAGGUGGACAACAACAGCAACAACAACAAAAACAAGCAAGAUAAUGUUUUUGAGGAAGCGAGCUGACCUCAUGGCAGGGUAUUGUGAGGACAAUAUUGUGAUCUUUUUGUUGGACUAGCUUCCUCUCCUGCGGACACUAUUAACCUUAAAUAUGUUUACUGUAUGGAAAAAAAGAAGUCACUGGCAUGGCUUUUCCACAGUUACAUCCUGCUUCUUCUUUCUUGCUGCACAUUUACUGUAUCUCCACGUAUAUAUUUUCAUUUUAUAAAUACAGUUAAAUAUAUACGUACAGUAUAUCUAUUCCAACAUUUGCUGCAUCCAUUUGUGGAUCAAUGGAUAUAAAUAAAUAAUGUAGUUCAUCCCUUUAUUGCAGGAGUUUGGAACGGUUUUCCUAAGUCCUCCUAGGGCCAUAAGAACAUGAUGCAUAGCAAAUUCUUAGUACUAUGUAUUAUUUUGAAAUUCUUUAAAAUCAGUUUCAUUUGGUUUUAUGAAUUGGAAGGCAGGGCACACACAGCAGAUGUGCUGUAGGUUAUCCAACCUUGAGAGACAUAAUCACAUUUUUUUCUUUAAACAUGGAAUAUUGUUUGAGUAAUGGCAUCAAUUAUGUCAGUACAAUUGCUAUCUAAAGGGCAAGCACAGCUCUGUCAUUUUGUCCUUGGCCACUACAAUUCAUUUUCCAGAAUUCAAUAAAAGUGGAUUGAACUAUCUACUAAACUUUGAUAUGACAUUUACUGAUAGUUUUAUUUUGUCAUGAUGAAUCUUUACAGUCAAAUAUUCCGUGAGGUGAAUGCCCUUCCUGUCAUAGCGAUGGAAUUAAAAUACCGUAUGGCCAUGAUGAUAAACAACUAAGCAUAUGUUACACAACACUAUGUGAUAUUGCCUAUUGAUAAGCCAUGCUACCAAAUUAUUGCUAAAUCUUCUUACUGUUUUUUUUUUUUUUUUCCCUCCAUGAUCAUCAAAGUUACUUUGACUUCUGAAUAAAAUGAAUGAAUGACAACUUUAUGGACCAAAACAGCACCUUACUGUACUCUACUAAUUUUCCAUAUACUGGACUGUCUCAGAAAAUUAGAAUACACAAUAUUCUAAUUUUCUGAGACAGUCCUGUAUAUUGUUCUAUGUAAAGGACGUCAGCCAAGGUCGGCCCCCCACAUUUUUACCACGCCAAAUCUGGUCCCCUUUGCAAAAAGUUUGGACACCCCUGCUUUAAAUGGUGGAUUAAUGUACAGGACUGUCUCAGAAAAUUAGAAUAUUGUGUAUUCUAAUUUUCUGAGACAGUCCAGUACAGUAUAUAUAUUUUUUAUUUGAGUGCAUCAAUUUUAAAAUUGAUAUCCUUUAAAGAAACUAUUACCUAAAAAAAGUAGUCUACCCUUAACGUCAUACCAGAUAUUGCACUGUCUUUGUGAAAAAGGUAUUAAAAAAAAAAAAAAAAAAAAGGAUACAUUGGCUGACUAAUUUUUAUAACUAUGUACGUCUGUACUGAGAAGGGCUGUAAAUAUGGAUAUAUACCAAGCAAAGGACUGCUUUUUUUACCUGCUUUUUUGGGGGGGCAUCUGCUUAUUUGCAAAUUUGAUCAUUAUUCUUUCAUCGCUUGUGAAAAGUGUGAAGAGAUGAAAGUUAAUGAUGUAAAGUGGAAACAAAAAAAUAAAAUAAAAAAAGAUUCAGAUUUUACAGUU